AUAAACAUGCCAAGCAAAGGUAAGCGCAGCUUCGUAGAGCGAACGCAGUCGUUAGCUGCUAGGCUUCCAAAGCUAACGCUAGCUAGCAAUGUCGCGUCGGUUUGACAGCUGUUUUAUUUUAACUACGGUAUUCAUACAAUCUUUAGUAUAGUGGUCGUUACAUAUGUGGCUUUUUGUUCUAUUUUAAAGUUACUGAAACUAAUUUAGUUUGGCUCGCCAGGCCAGGCAGGAUGGCUUCGUUUGGGUGGAAGAGGAAAAUCGGUGAGAGGGUGUCAAAGUCCGCAGUGCAGCAGUUUGAGGCUGAAGCGGAAAAACUCGAGGAGGAGGAUGGAGCAGGUGCGGACGAGGAGGUGGACUGGCUGCACGCCAUCAAACGACGGCGGGAGGUCCUGCUGGACGACUGUGCUGCAAAGAGCAAAAGGCUGAAGGAUGAGGGCGCACUGCUGGCUGAGGAGGGCAGGCACUGGGAAGCUGUUAAGAAGUGGGACGAGGCUAUUCAGCUGACUCCAGACAACUCGCAGAUCUAUGAAAUGAAGUCACAGGUCUUGACCAUGUUGCAUGAAGAGUUUCCAGCUGUGAAGGCUGCAGAGAUGGCUGUGAAGUUCCAGCCGUUGUGGUGGCAGGCCUGGCAGACCCUGGGCCGCGCACAGCUCAACCUAGGAGAGGUGGAUCUGGCAGUGAGGUCCUUCCAGACAGCGAUCCAUCUGUGUCCAUCUGAGAGCGCCCUGUGGCAAGAAGACCUGAAGUGGGCACGGACGCUUCAGAAGCAGCAGUUGGCAACAAAGGAGAAGAUGAGACAAGAGGAGGAGACCAAAACACAGAUCCUUAACGCCCCUGAGCUCCAACAGGACUAUGAUUUUGAGACUGACGAGGUUCUGGCAGCUUGCGUUGCCAUUGCUGAGCGACAGACCCAAUAUGAGGAGCUGAAGAGGACCGCCGUGGUCAUAGACGCAGAGGGUAACCUGCAAAACGUAGUGAGUGGAGAAGGAUCAGGGGGAGCAGUUACACCGUCGGAGGAGAAGUUCGUCAAAGCUAGAGGACUUUGAUUGUCCCGAGUGAAGCGUAAAGUUUAUAAUCAGAGAUGAUGUCUUUUAGAGCAUCAGCUGAAUGUUUAGUUUUUAUAUCUGCUUUGGCUCAUGAAGCUGAAAGCCAGCGUGGAAAGACGAGGAAACCAGCCAGGGAGUCGGGUUUCAGUCGGUGUUCCAGCUGCUGAGAACGGAUCCAGAUGCUCAUUUAAAGUUAUAAAUGUGAACUGUUUCUAUUUUAGUGGGUCAUUAUUUUGAAAAUGGACACGUCUUUUCUUUGGAAUUACCGUAGAAUUUAAACCGCCAUCUUGUUUAGAUGAUUUUAAUAAAAGUCUUCAGCAUAAAUGAUAAAACAUUAAACAGGCUGAUUAGAACUGACAGCCUCUCAGAGUUUGUGUAGAGAAAAAAACUCAGUAAGCAAAUAAACUUUUUCUUCAUUGAA